AUUGUUUCUGUAACACGUAAAACAUAAAAUAUACUAUCCAGUUUGCAUUCGGAAUUCGAUUUUAAUAUAUUGAGUUUAGUGCUAUAAUUGAUAAAUGGUGGAAUAAAUUUGAAAAUAUUUGCAAAGUACCAUCGAUUUUAUUGUGAAAAUCAAAGAAUAAAUUGAUAAUUUUUUUUCUAUCUGUGUUGCAUCAAAAAUGAGAGAGAAAAAGGUUGAUGGAGUGUAAACAUGGCUGACAUUUGGAUUGUUCGAUAUUUAUUGUGAAGCGAGUGAGCGAGAGAGAGAGAAAGAGAGAGAGAGAGAGCGAAAAGAAGAAAAACAUAAAAAAAUCAGAAACGAGCCCAUAUAUAAUCAAUUUUUGAUUGACUUCUGUUCAGUUUAUUCACUUUGGUUCCGAAUAAAAGAAAAUAUAUGUGACUAAAAUGGAUUCAAGCUCGCCAUCUGAGAUAUGAACGCUGGUCUAUGGAGCUGUAUAUUGCCUUGUGGUUUUUAUUGGUGUGAUAAUAAAGACAGGCCACGUAUGACAGAUAGUACAAUGGGUGUGAGCACAUCAACAGCUGAUUGUCCUGCAACUAGCAACCCAAUCCCAUCGACGUCUGGCGGUGUUUAUAUUCGUGAUCAACGUCGGAAAAAAGUGACUGGUUUCGCAACGCUUAAAAAGAAAUUUAUUCGUCGUCGACGAUCGUCAAAGGCAUGCGAUCAUGGGCGAGUUUUACGUGAUUUUUUAUCCGAUUGGAGUUCAAUUGAAUUGGCUUCAUUAUUAGAGGAAUACGAAGCAUUGGCCGCAUUAAAAGAUCUAUCUGUGCAAGCAGAGCUAGCACGUCCGCCAGCUGCAACAUUCAAACAAGAUCUAUCGUCUUUAUAUGAUUUUAAAUAUUGCACAGACUGUGAUUUGGUAUUUCGUAAAAGUGUAUUUCCCGUGCAUCGUGCACUAUUGUCAGUUCGAUGUCCGUACUUUCGUGAUUUAUUGGCCGGUUGUCCUGGCUUUGGAGCGCGAAUAUGCUUAGAAUUGCGUUCAUCACCGGUCGAUACGCCAUUAUUUUCAUCGCUUUUGCGAUAUCUUUACACGGGCGAUUUAUGUUCGCACGAUCCAUCGAUUGAUGUGAAUUUACUUCGUCGACUGGGCGAAGAUUUCGGUACACCAAAUCCACUUGAACAUGAUUUGCGAUACCUUUUGGAAACUGGUGAUUAUGCUGAUGCAGCGCUUGUGUUUACAGCUGAAGGAUCUGAUUACCAUCGGCCCGAUUCUGGUAGUUCAGAGUACGGCUUUCGACCAAAACUAGAGUUGCCAUGUCACAAAGCAAUACUUAGUGCGCGUUCGCCGUUUUUUCGAAAUUUGAUACUGCGUCGUAUCCGCAACGAUGAGGAUCAAGAGCGAUCGCUUCAUGUACCGACUAGAAUUGUGCUUGAUGAGACUGUUAUACCAAAACGAUAUGCACGAGUAUUACUGCAUGCUAUCUAUCUCGAUACCGUAGAUCUAUCACUAAUUUUGCGCGGAAACGGUUGUGGAAACAGUGCUGGUAGUCUUGGUGAAGUACAAGCUUUGACACAUACAGGUCGAACGCGACCGACACCAUUGGAAGAAGCUAUGGAAUUGUAUCAAAUCGGUAGGUUUUUGGAAUUAGACAUUUUAUCGCAAGGAUGCGAAGACUUAAUACUCGAAUGGCUAACGCUCGAAACACUGCCACAAGUAUUAAAAUGGGGAAAUCAGCCGCACGGCUCUGCCUGGGUUUAUCGUCAAUCAUGCCAUUUUUUGCGUGAAGAAUUUUCGUCGGUGAUUGCAUCGCCUGUCUUGCAUCAGUUGGACAAGUCACAAUUGAUAAACGCACUACAGAGUAAUUUCUUACAAGCAUCCGAAUUGGAAGUACUUCAAACUGUUUUAAAAUGGGCUGAACACAUUCAAAUACGUCGCAUGGAAGAACGUGAACCAAAUUUAUUAAGUCAUACGGCACAUUCUGUGACGCGAAAAGGAAUAAAAAAACGGGAUUUGAGUGACAUUGAAUUGCGUGAAAUUUUAUCAGAUUUGUUGCCAUUAGUUCGAAUGGAUCAUGUCUUGCCACCGAAUAGUGAAGUGUUGAAUCAAGCGAUUCGACGUGGAUUAGUUAGUACACCACCGUCGCACAUGAUUGGCGACGAGCGUGAAAAUUUCCGAGUAAAUGCAUGGAUACGCGGUGGAAAGAAUCACGGAUUAUUUGUUCGGCCCCGAUUGUUUAUGCCUUACUAUGAGGAAGUAAAAACAUUGCUAGAGGAUCCAGCCACAUCACAACAAAUUGACGUUUUUCGAAUGCGACGCAGUCGACAUAUGCCAGAUAUUCCAGACACAUUGUAUAUGGUUUCACGUUUGGGCACAGAUGGUGCACCGGCUGAUGUUGUGACCGCAUCACUACCUGCACCCGAUCCAAACACAAUGAUGGCUAUGUCAAAAAGAGAGCAAAAACUUCGUGGCUCGCCAGGUUGUCAACGAGCUUUGUCACUUCCAUUGUCGUCAAGGCAAGAGAUUAGCCGUCAAAUUCGGUUACGUGUUGUGAGAGAAUUUAAUUUGCCCGACGGUGUGGCCGAUCUGUUAGAAAAAACUUCGUGCUAUUGUGCCGAUGAUGAAACUAACAUAAAUACAGCACAAUCCACCGAAAAUAUCCAUCAUGGAGAAAAUCAUGCAAUGGAUGAUGAAGAAUCUACUCCACCACCGUCACCUGCAAUGCAAAAUGCCACUGAAGCGAAUGCGGCACAAUUGUUGAGCUCGUGCUAUGAUGGAAAUUUAACAUUUCCACGGCAACAGCACACCCAAAAUUAUGGCCCGAUCAGUGGUUCAAGUAGUGUGCGUCGUCAUGAUUUGCCAGCUCUAAUAACCGAAGGUGAAAAUAUGAUGUAUCGUAUGCCUGGUGAAAAUGAGGGUGCAUCUUGUUCCGAAAGUCAUUUAUCCGAAAUAAUGCCAGAUGUUGCUAUGGCCACGGCCUCAUUGGGACAUUUACAGCUCAAUGAACCGCCAGAAAGUUUACAACUGCAAUUGGAUCUUGGCGAUGGUUCUAGUCAUGGUGCAGCAGGAGUUGGAGUUCACGGAAUGCAGCACCAUCAUAUUUUAACACCACAAGCUGGAACUAUUCAUCACUAUAUCAGACGACCAACUUCUCCUUCACCAUACGUAAUUCAUCGCCAAAGUCCGGCAUCUAGUUCAUAUCACUCUAUUCAGCCAAGAUUUCUAUAGAAACUCAGAGUCUCCUCUUCUUUGCUAUACCUUUUUUUGGGAAAGCGAUUGUUGUUGCCAGAACAUAAAACUGUCGAAUAUGAAUUCAAAACCAAAUUCGGUGGUAAGCAGAACGAACACACAGUAAACGGCUUAUAUUUUGGAGUUUCGAUAAAUAAAAACAAAGAAAAUAAACAAACAAACAGAAAAGGCUCCAAACUCCAUUAAGAUCUGGUAUUAGUUAGUAUUUUCGAUUAAUUUUGAGAAGAAGAAAAAAGUGAAUUUACUUUUUCAUUGGGAUUUUUUUUUCUGUCGAUUUUAAUUCAUAUAUACCGGAUUACGAUUGUAUUAUUAAGAGGAACAAAAAUACUGUGUAUGUGCGAAUGUGAUGUUGAUAAAUUUUCAUGAAACAUAAUAAUUUGAAAGAGAAAAACAAAUGUGCAAAUCAAUCAAAUUUAAUUUGAUAAAACGAUAGAACUUUCUCUUUGUAUAUAAUAGUAUUGCGUUGUGCUUUUUCGCCUGUAUCAUUUCAUAAUUCACUACACAUGGACUGCAUAUUUUUUAUUUUAUUUUAAGUUCGUUCAAUAGUGACUCAAAUCGAAUUGAAAAUUUAAGUGUCGCUGAAAAACCAGCAUACUCGAGUGUUUUCUUCAAAUUUGUUUUAAUUUGAUCUUUUUUUCGUUUUUGUUUCUUCUUUCGUAUGUGAUAAAACAUUAAAGUAUGCUGUAAAUUACAAGGAACACUGUGUGUUGUAUACAAAAAAGGAUCACAUCACCCAUAGCGCCAUUGUUUGAAUUAUAUUCAUAUAAAAUAGAAAAGAAUAUGUUAUAUAAAAUAACUUAUGACAUGAACAAACAAAAAAAUACUCUUAAGAAGAAAAUUAACUGAUUGAAUCUGGAUUGCAUAAUUUAAAUCAAUUGUGCGUCUAACGAAACCGUUUCUGAUUGAAUCUACAGCGGUUAUGUAGAAUUCUAUUCUCUUCAAUAAUUCGGAAAUUAUUUUGCUGUUAAUAUUUAUAUCACAAGAGACAUUCAACAGACGAGAUCCACAGAAAUAUCCUUUUGAUCCUACAAACCUUAUUUUUUUUAAAUAUAUGUAUAUCUCAUGAUCCUUCAUUAAAAUGAAUUCACAAAGCAUAUUUCUCGACUUAAUCUAUAUAUUACAAAAGCGGUACUCCUACAUUUUGAAAUCAAAUAACAAAUCCAAUCAAUAAAUCAUCAAACGAGUAAUACAUUUUUAUCUAAUUUUAUUCGCUUUAUUUGUUUAAAUAAGAAUGAUUAUAAAUUAUUCUUUUAUAUGUUCAUGAACACACAUAUACACACACACACAAACACAAAUACACAAACAGACCCAAAUACAAAGAGAAUAUAAAAAUUCAAAAGAAAAACAUGAAAUCAUUGGUUUGAUUAACCACACUAAUCUUAGCUCCAACGUUUACAACGCAUAAACGACACAGAAAGUAUAAAAAUAAAAUCUAUGUAUAAAACUUGGACAAGUGUGACAUCAAACUGAGUCAAAUAUAUUUUUUUAUAAUAAAUUUAAAACCAAACACAAGAAAUGGUUGUUAAUGCAUUGUAUAAAAACAAAAUGAUGAAUAAUGUUGAAAAAUAAUAUGAGUAUAAAAGUUUCAGUUUCCAAAUUUGAACACAUACACUUACACAAUGUUUCAAUCAAAGUUUUAAGAGAAAAAAAAAACAGAACAAUUUCAGUGGAAAGAAAUGAUUAGGGCUUUGUUUUUAAUUUUGAAAAAUAUGCAUACGAAUUAUGAUUAUAUUUGUUGUGCUCGUGAUGACUAUAAAAAGCUAAUUAUAAAAUUAGGUGACAUGAAUUCAAUACGGUCAUAUUCACAAAUGCGAAAAGAAUCAGUCUAUUAUAUUGUCAAGAUUCUGCACGUUGAUUUCGACCAAAACUGAAAACGGUGUGAUUUUUUUUGUACUGCAAAUAUUUGCCAACUGCGUUUUAUUUCGUAAAAGUCAAAUAUUUCUACAUUUCAUCUUCUUCAUUUUAUAUUUGAAUGUGUAAGCAUAGUUAUGAUUUCAAAUUUGCCCUUAAAAAAAAAUACUGAAACAAUACAAAGAGUUCAAAUGAAUGCGAAACUUUAACGAGAUUGAAAAUAAAAGUGGUAUACAUCACAUUUAUUUUCAACGCGACCUAAUUUUGCACUUAUUUUAACUCAAUGCCAAAUCUCAGUAUUUUUUUAAAAGACAGAUUUGAGAUCAUAAUUAUUCUUAGCUCCAUUUAUUUAGGCUUCAUCCAUUAUAUUUUUUAACUCAUUAAAUUUUUGUUGUUGUUGUGAAUACACAAUAUUAUUUAUUAAAUGGUGUUGUCUUUGAAGUGAACUGCCCAUUUACAACUUACAAUGAUCUGCUCGAAUCAUCCCGAAAAUGAUUAUGAUUCAAUGAAUUCGUUCGAAUAUAUUUAUUUAAAAAAAAAUUGAUAUAUAUAUAUACAUAUACAUUACUAUAAUUUUUUUUAAUUAUAAUUUCAUUUUGCAAUAAAAAACACAAUACUAAUGAAUGCUAAAUCAUUCAAACAGAAA